AUCUCUGUCCCGCCACUAUCCAGGUUCUUUGGUACAUGCAAAUGAACUGCUCGGUGCACAGGGGCCUUCACAAGUUCCCUGAUCAUGGUGAUGUCUGGCCUUCAUCUUCCUGGUAACGCCUCCUCCCCUGUGCUGAGCCUCUGCAGACUGGAGAUUUGGUGUGUGGGAUACAUUUUUUCUUUAUAGGAAAAUGGAUUUUGUAAAAAGAAGCAGAUCACAUGUUCUCUGCGUGCCUCCAAGCCCACUAAUGCACAGGGAAUCCCUGUGAUGUCAUUUCUGACCUUAUGUGGUUACCUAGCAACUGCCGGAAUGCUGAAGGUGUGACGAUGGAUUUUUAGAAAAAAGAUCAGGCUGACAAUUUGACAGCCCAAUUGUGCUGAUGGCGCUGCAGGCAAGAGUGUGCAGAGCUGUUAAAUUCAACAAUUCAACUUAACUCGAUGGGCUUUUGGAACCCUUUUGGUUAGAUUUGUGACUCUAAGGCUUAUAUGGUAGGCUGUGUUGGGACCCCUGAAAAAAUGAACAAAAAGUUAUUUUGGUCCAUUGGUUUAAGCCUACUUAUCCUUGCCAUGGGAUUCACCAUCAUUUACAGCACCGACCUGAAUGUUAACAUGUUCACGACUGGGAAGAAAAAAAUUAUUCUAGAAGACACAUCAGAAAAAAAAGUUCUUGAAGAAUUUCAGCCAGAAAUAAGGGAACCCAAUUCACUGAAGGGUAUAUGGACUAUUAUUGCCACUGGGCGUUUGGGUAACUUAAUGGGCGAGUAUGCAACGCUUUAUGGCCUUGCCAAGAUAAAUGGCCAACAAGCUUACAUUUCCCCAGAGAUGCACAACCAGCUGUCAAACAUCUUCAAGAUUAGAUUACCUAUACUUCACCCAGAGUCUAUUAACAGAAUCCAAUGGAGAGAUUAUGAACUUCACGACUGGAUGUCCGAGGAGUACAGACACAUUGAAGAUAAAUUUGUCCGUUUCACUGGUUGGCCUUGUUCAUUUACUUUCUACCACCAAAUAAGAGAUGAGAUUCUCCGAGAAUUUACUUUCCACGAUUUUAUUAAAGAGGAGUCUAACGCUUAUCUUGAGAAAAUUCGAGGAGACAAGAAGAACGUCACCUUUGUGGGGGUUCACAUUCGGAGGGGAGACUACGUGCAUGUGAUGCCAAACACAUGGAAAGGGGUGAUUGCUGACAAAGGUUACUUGCAAAAAGCCACAGACUACUUCAGAAAUAAGUAUGAGAACCCUCUUUUUGUGGUCACCAGUAAUGGGAUGGAUUGGUGUAAAGAGAAUAUAGACAAUUCAUUGGGUGAUGUCCACUUUGCUGGAGAUGGACAGGAGGGCUCGCCUGCUCGGGAUUUUGCAUUGCUGGCACAUUGUAACCACACCAUCAUGACCAUAGGGACAUUUGGUAUUUGGGUGGCUUACUUGGUAGGAGGAGAAACCGUCUACUUAACCAACUACACUUUACCUGACUCGCCCUUCCUUAAAAUUUUUAAGUAUGAAGCUACUUUUCUUCCAGAAUGGAUUGGAAUUCCGGCGGACCUCUCACCACUUCUUAAUGACAAUAAUCCCAAGCAUGGUUUUCAUUUGAGUAUUCAGGAAAACAUUGGGAUUUUUGUGGUGUUUUUCCUGGUGUUUUUAAUAGCAUUUUCUUUUUACAAAAAAUGCUUCAAGUUAAAAAGCUACAUGCUGACAGGCAAUAGACAUUAAAAGCAAUACGGCUGUUACAUCUGUUUAUUUUUUUUUGGGGGGGGGGGGGGGUCCUCAUU